AAGAACCGGUGGCGUGGUUUUUUUUUCCCUUGUCAAUUUCAUUGAACUGUCGCAGGUACUUUUUGUGACUAAAUAACAAAAUAUCACACCACUUGAAUAGAAAUGACGGAGCGAAAGGGAACUGCAAAGUUGGACUUUUUGAGAAAAGUAGAGCUAGAGAUCCAACAGAAAUGGGAGAAGGAGAAAGCCUUCGAGUGUGAUGCACCAACAACUAUCGGGCAAAGCACCAACAAAAACAAAUAUUUUGUCACCUUCCCCUACCCUUAUAUGAAUGGCAGACUGCACCUUGGCCACACUUUCAGUCUAUCGAAGUGUGAGUUUGCUGUUGGUUACCAGCGUCUGAAAGGGAAGCAAUGCCUGUUUCCGUUUGGGCUGCACUGCACAGGAAUGCCCAUCAAAGCCUGUGCAGACAAGCUGAAGAGAGAGAUGGAACUGUAUGGAAACCCUCCGCAGUUCCCAGAUGAAGAGGAGGAGGAAGAGGAGAAGCCCAAGGUGGCUGAUGAAAUCAUCAUCAAGGACAAAGCAAAGGGCAAGAAGAGCAAAGCAGUGGCUAAGUCUGGUGCUUCCAAGUUCCAGUGGGACAUAAUGAGAUCUCUCGGUUUGAGUGACAAGGAGAUCGUCAAGUUUGCUGAGGCUGAACAUUGGCUUGAGUACUUCCCUCCUCUGGCUGUCAAAGACCUCAAACAAAUGGGAGUUAAGGUGGACUGGAGGCGCUCAUUUAUCACCACAGACGUGAACCCCUUCUAUGACUCCUUUGUCAAGUGGCAGUUCAUCACAUUGAAGGAGAGGAAGAAGAUCAAUUUUGGGAAAAGGUACACCAUUUACUCUCCCAAGGAUGGACAGCCUUGUAUGGACCACGACAGACAGACAGGAGAGGGAGUUGGACCACAGGAGUACACACUCAUCAAGAUGAAGAUAGUUGAACCAUACCCAGCAAAACUCAAGUCCAAGGUCUUCUAUAGCAGUGGCUUUAAAGGCAAGAACAUCUACCUGGUGGCAGCCACUCUACGACCAGAGACCAUGUUUGGCCAAACCAACUGCUGGGUGAGGCCAGACUUGAAGUACAUAGCCUUUGAGACGGCCAACGGAGAUAUCUUCAUCAGCACGAGAAGGUCUGCCAGGAACAUGUCCUACCAGGGCUUCACCAAGGAGAAUGGAACAGUGCCAGUGGUUAUGGAGAUACUGGGACAGGAUAUACUAGGCUGUGCUUUGAACGCCCCUCUGACAUCUUAUAAGACCAUCUAUGCUCUGCCCAUGCUCACCAUCAAGGAAGACAAAGGUACAGGUGUAGUGACCAGUGUACCUUCUGAUGCUCCUGAUGACAUUGCUGCCCUCAGGGACAUCAAGAAAAAGCAGGCCCUGAGAGAGAAGUAUGGAAUCGAGGAUAAAAUGGUGUUGCCUUUUGAGCCGGUCCCCAUCAUUGAGAUCCCAGGCUACGGAAACCUCUCCGCUCCCCUGGUUUGUGAUGAGCUUAAGAUCCAGAGCCAGAAUGACAGGGAGAAGCUAGCUGAGGCCAAGGAGAAGGUCUACCUGAAGGGAUUCUAUGAAGGGAUCAUGCUGGUUGAUGGCUACAAGGGGCAGAAAGUCCAGGAUGUUAAAAAGCCCAUCCAGAAGAUGAUGGUGGAAAAGGGUGAAGCCAUGAUGUACAUGGAACCUGAAAAGCAGGUCAUGUCGCGGUCAUGCGACGAGUGUGUGGUGGCCCUCUGUGACCAGUGGUAUCUGGACUAUGGAGAUGAAGAGUGGAAGGCACAGACUAACAAAGCCCUCAAGUCUUUAGAGACGUUCUGUGAUGAGACCAGGAAGAACUUUGAGGCAACUCUAGCUUGGCUCCAGGAGCAUGCGUGCUCUCGCACCUAUGGCCUUGGAACGCGGCUGCCUUGGGACCAGCAGUGGUUGAUUGAGUCGCUGUCAGACUCCACCAUCUACAUGGCAUACUACACAGUGGCACACCUCCUUCAGGGGGGUGUACUGAAUGGACAGGGGCUGUCGCCGCUGGCCAUCAAGCCAGAGCAGAUGACCAGGGAGGUGUGGGACUUCAUCUUCUUUAAGACUACUCCUUUCCCCAGUACAAGUAUCCCCAAGGAGAACCUCCAGAGGCUGAGGAGGGAGUUUGAAUACUGGUACCCUGUGGACGUACGCGUGUCUGGCAAAGACCUGGUCCCCAAUCACCUGUCCUACUACCUGUACAAUCAUGUGGCUAUGUGGUCCAAUGACAAUGGGAAGUGGCCACAGGCAGUGCGAGCCAAUGGACACCUAUUGCUCAACUCUGAAAAGAUGUCCAAAUCCACAGGAAACUUCCUCAGUCUCCGUCAAGCCAUCGACAAAUUCUCCGCAGAUGGCAUGCGGCUGGCUCUGGCUGAUGCAGGAGACACCGUGGAGGACGCCAAUUUCGUUGAGACAAUGGCAGACGCCGGCAUCCUGCGACUCUACACCUGGGUGGAGUGGGUGAAAGAGAUGAUUGCCAACCAGAACAACCUGAGGACAGGGUCUGCCGAUACAUUCAAUGACAGGGUCUUUGCCAGUGAGAUGAAUGCUGGCAUCCUGAAGACAGAGCAACACUACGAUAGGAUGAUGUACAAGGAAGCUCUGAAAAGUGGAUUCUUUGAGUUCCAGGCUGCCAAAGAUAAGUAUCGAGAGCUAGCAAUUGAGGGCAUGCACAAAGACCUUGUCUUCCAGUUCAUAGAGAGACAGACUCUACUGCUGGCCCCAAUCUGCCCACAUCUGUGUGAAUACACAUGGGGUCUGCUCGGAAAGCCCGGUUCUUUGAUGAAGGCAUCAUGGCCUGUGGCCGGUCCAGUUGAUGAGGUUCUGAUUCGUUCCUCUCAGUAUCUGAUGGAAACUGCCCAUGACCUUCGACUACGACUCAAAGCGUACAUGCUGCCCCCCAAGAACAAGAAAGGUGAUACGAAACCACCAACCAAGCCCUCCCAUUGUACCAUUUACAUAGCCAAGAGCUACCCUCCAUGGCAGCACAGCGCCUUGUCCCUGCUUGGCAAGCACUACAAGAGCAACGGUGGAGUCUUGCCAGACAACAAAGUAAUAGCCGGUGAGUUAGGAGCCCUACCUGAAUUGAAGAAGUACAUGAAGAGAGUCAUGCCGUUUGUAGCCAUGAUCAAGGAGAACCUGGAGAAGAAUGGGCCACGGGUUCUGGACCUGGAGCUGGAGUUUGAUGAGCGGGCAGUUCUGUUAGAGAACCAAGUCUACCUCACCAAUUCCCUGGAGUUGGAACAGAUAGAUGUCCUGUUUGCAUCAGAGGCUGAUGACAAAGUGAAGGAGGACUGUUGUCCAGGGAAACCUUUCAGUGUUUUCAGAUCAGAGCCUGGUGUGUCUGUGUCUCUGAUCAACCCACAGCCAUCCAAUGGUCUUUUCUCUACCAAGAUUGACAUCCGACAGGGCGACAGCAGGGACAGCAUUGUGCGACGACUUGCCAAGGUCAAUAGACUCAUCAAAGAUCUGUCCAGGGUGAAACUGAUGCGGUAUGAGGACCCUGUGCUAGGGUCACGCCGGGUGCCCAUUCUGGGACGGGAGGAGCAGGGCAAGCUACUUGUCCCCGACAAGUCUGUCUUCAGUAUCAGCCUGGAGGACAAGAAGAUCACAAUGGCUGACAAUGGACUUACAGUGGACAUAGGGGACACUCUUGUUUAUCUUGUUCACUAGAGUAAUGCACACAUACACAUACACACAUAUAGACCACACAUGCAAACACAUUCUGGGACACAUUCAGCAUUUAGUAUUUUGUGAAAGGUUCACAUUUACAAUGUGAAAUGCCAAGAUUAAAUUGUGUUACAAAGCCAUACAAUGCUGACUUGAAAGCGACUCUUGCCUUCAUUACGAUUCACCUUAUGCCUGCCACAUUUGUGAUGGGGAUAUGUAUAUGCAUGUUGUAUGUUUUUCAAGACCUUGUCAUCUGCCACUGCUUGUGCAGUUGGAUU